AUGUCCAAACGAACCGUCUUCACAACCGUCACCCCCCUCCCCUUGGGCCUCACCCGCGAUGCCGCAGUCGCCUUCCUCCAUGACCACCUCCAAAUGAUCGAUCUCAACCCGCUCAUCAAGGACCGGCACCGCAUUCCACCACCCCGCCACGCGCCCGACGAAGAACUCAGCUGUGUGUGGUACUCUCUCACCGACAAGGUGUCGUACCUACCCGGCGGUCUCGCCUCCAGCGACGUCACCUACACGGCCGCCUUUCACGACUUGCCGCGCGGCAUCCAGACGCACUGCUACGCGCCCAUGGGCGUCGAAACCCGCUCCAAGUGGUCCAUCGGGGGUUCCAUGCCCGGCGAGCCUCUGGAGCCCAUGGAGUUGGGGCUCGGCGCCCCCACGACGGGCUUGUACCUGAGGGAGGACGUGGACCUGCGGUGUAAUAUUUUCAUGGCCAGUUUUGUCAAGAAGACCAUCAAGAAGAGCCACUCUUCCCUGGUCGACCGCCUACAUCGUGUCGCCAAGGGCCAGACGAGCAGCGAGAGCUCGACGACGACGUUGCAGCAGCAGCAGCAGCAGCAGCCCCGGAAUGCGCAAACCACACUGCCGGGCUUCUCCUGGCAGCGUGAUAAUCGCUUCCACGGGCAUAGCAGGAAUGUGAGCACCCCGGCCUUGGCAAGCGGCACGAACCCGUUCAAUGAUCGGCCGUUGCCGCCCACGCCGCCGGCCGAGUUGUACGAUUCGAAGCCGCUGCCUUCAUAUGACCCUCUUGCGCAGCGCGAACCACAGGCCGCCGAGCUUCAAUAA